AUGGCUCUUAACCUGGAAAGGCAGUUGCUCUUCUAUGGAGCCUACCACAAUGACCCGGUCAACAUCGCAAUCCACAUCGUCUGUGUGCCAAUCAUCCUGUUCACAGGUAUUAUUCUGGGCUGCAAUACUGGACCACUCGUCCCGGUCCCCGAGGCUUUAAGCGUCGAGUAUCUCCCCGCGAAUUUUGGCACGAUCGGUGCAUUCAUCUACACGAUCCUCUAUGUUCUUCUAGAGCCGGUCGCUGGCGCCUCAUUCGCACCGUUUGUGAUCGGCUCUGCAGUAUGCGGCAACUACUUCCUUGAGCAAUACGGAUCGAUUGUGAAUUAUUAUGCGGGAGUUUUCCAUGUUAUAUCGUGGAUUGCGCAGUUUGUGGGACACGGUAAAUUCGAGGGACGGGCUCCGGCGUUGCUGGACAACCUGGUUCAGGCGUUGUUUUUGGCACCGCUCUUUGUAUGGAUCAAGAUCCUAUUCUUCUUUGGAUACCGGUCGGAGCUGAAGCACCGAAUGGAUGAGAAAGUUGCAAUCGAGAUUCAGAAAUUUCGGAAGGAGCAGGAGGACCGGAAACUGAAGGGGAGGGUUGCGAAAUGA